CGCAACCCAUCCUCCUCCCCCGAUCCAAAUCCACACCUCCCUCCAACUUCUACCGGCGCCGCCGCCAGAAAACCACCCAGUGCGCCGCCCCGCCGCUAUCCACCUUACCAGGGCCUUCCCCAACCCUCUCCUUCCUCCUGACGGGCCAUGCGUUCCCCUCCAUCUUCCUGCGCUGGACCUUCCUCGACCACGCCCACGUUCAACCGCCUCCACACCCCGGGAACGAACUCCACCGGCUCCAAGCGUCUCGCGCGGCUGCCGGCGUGGAUCCGGGCACGCCGACCCCAGGCACCUCCCAUGGCUGCCGAUGUAGAUCCGCCCUAGGAGCCAUGCGCGACUGCCGGCACGGAUCCGGCAGCGCCGCUCCCAGGCACCCUACACUGCUGCCGGCGCGGGUCUGCCCCCGCCGCCCGCCAUGGACAGAUGUCUCAACCCCUCGUGCAGAUUUUGCCAUGCGUUGCAUCUCGGCUGUGUUCUCCUCCUUGCCGAGUUGGUGGCCAUGCACGGCAGACUCCGGCGACCACAUACCCGCCACCGCGCUUCGGCCACUUCCAGCGUUGCCGUCGGCCAUGCCCCUGGUCCUCCUCUACCCCCCUGAACCUCUGCCAUCCCCUUCACCAGUGCCCACUCUGGCCGCCCACCGCUCCCCUUCAACCGAAGCAGUUCUUCUGAGCGACCCCCACAGCUCUCUCCUCCCCCAUAUGCAGAUCACUGGUAACACACCCCCUUCCAUGCCGCAUUUUAUUUGGGCAAUGUCAGUACGCAUCGCCUGUUGUUGCAGUCCAUCCCACGGGCACCUUCAGUACGCAUCGCCCCCACCUUGGUUAAAGCUCUGGCUCCCCUGGAUCAAACUGCCACCGGUGAGCUUUUUUUCAGAACCAGUGCGGCAUCGUGCGGUACCAUGGCGUCCUUUGUGCAGUGCGGAUGGGCGAGGCGUGCAUUUUACUUGGAGUGGGCAGAAGGUUCUUUAGCUGCGUGAUCAAGUUAGCCGGAGGAAAACAGGGUGUUACCCCUGAUACACUUCGGCUGGGAGACCGUUGAAGUUGGUGAAGUCAUAUUUGUGUGUGUCAUGUGUAUAUAAUUUCUUUUUCUUUGUUUUUAUGUGGAUGUUUGCUUGUGUAAACUUAUAUUAAAAAUGUGUCUUUUGAUUAUUAUUUGCAUCAUUUAUGCAGUGCACUUAUCUC